AUGAAGCGAAGUUCUCCAACCCUUAGCAAACACCAAUGCAACGAUAUGUUGUGCAAGAGUCAGAGCAUGUGUUUCUGAAGAACUCAUCAGAUGUUUUCCUGUAUAAGAUGUGCUAAUAAAAUGCAUUACAAUUGUCAUCUAACAAUGAUUCAGUCUCUUGAUGACGUAAAGACCAAUCUGGUAGAAGCCAAAAACCUUGCCAUGAAAAUCAGAGAAAUACUUGCUGAGAACGGACUCACAGUGUACAUCCAAGAUGCUGAUGACGAACUAAGAAGCUUUUCUGAUAGAUGCAUAGAGGUUGAAAAGAACAUCAAAGAAGCUAUUAAGCAUAAGAAUUAUGCCCAGUUUGAUACCCUUCAGUUAGAAGUGAGAGAAAUCCAAAACAAUAUGGCUAAAAGUGAGACAAUCAGAAAAGUGUUGUUUUUGUCAACCACCAGAAUUGCUAGUUUUGAUUAUGUCUCUCAAGUUGAUAGUGACAUGUUCUCGGUCAAAAAGUCAAGAGACAAAAUCCACACAACUGUCAAAGACAAUUUGGAACACAUGAAGAAGAAAUAUUCAUUCCAAAUCGGUCAAUUCCAAAAAGAAUGUAAGAGCAAACUCACAGACGAGUUCAAAUCCCAAAUCCAAGCUCUUAAAAAUCAAAACAAUACCAAAGAGUCCGAACUGGAACACCAAAAACAAGUCACAGAAACCCUUCAAUCAGACAAUUCUCUUCUACUCGCCCAACAAGCCUUCUUAGAAGCCCAGCACCAACAGCUAGAAUCUUCAAAAUCUCUUCUCGAACAAGAACUCUCUUCCAAAAUCGUACAAAUUGCUUCAGCCCAAGACCAACACUCAAAAGACCAGCAGGCCAUCUCGAACCUGCUUGAAGAGUUCAAAGCUACUGCUGAAGGGCUGGAACAGACCAAGCUCAAUGCUAAGUCUAUUUUCAGAAGUAUUUAUGAAGAGUUUGACCUGGAGAAGCCAGAGCUAGUAAUAGAUAUGCAAGAAGAUAAGUGGAAGAAGCUCAUAAAAGCUAUGGCUGACUGAAGGUAUUCUUUGGAAGAAUUCAACAGACUUUCUAUUGAUAAUGUUAGUAAUGAAGAUGCUGUUCUUAAAGAUUUCAUGGAGUAUUCUGCUCCAUCCUCAUUGAAGCACUUUGUGUUUAAUCAUAAUUAUAUCAAAGGCUUGUUUGGUAACAGAGCAGUAGAAGUCAAGUUCUAUUUGAAUGGACUUGAUAAAAUACUUCCAAAUGUGGUCAAAGAGAUCUAUCUGAGAGAUUUGAUCAUCGAUGAAAGUGAUCUCAGUAAAAUUAUUAAAUUUUCUUUUGGUGCUGAGAGAUUAGUAAUCAGAUACUGUAAAAUUUUUACUUCUGACUUACUUGACUUCUCAGGCCCGCAUUCCAAUCUGAAGUACCUCAGCUUUGUAAACUGUGGAAACUCUAACUGGUGCAAUAUGGAGUGGAACAGAUAUCCUCGCAGAUUCGAACACAUUGUUGUUGCUAUUAAAAACUCUCCUCUCUCAGCCUCUCUCACCAAGCUAAACGUUAGAUCUUGCAAAAUAUCAUCUCCAAAAGUAACAGAGCUUCUCCAAACCCACAACCUGACCCAUAUCUCCUUAGUCAGAGAAGGAAGCGACCCAUCAAAACAAUAA